AUGCGCUCCAAGUUCGGCCUGGGCGCGCAUGCCGCCGGCGCCGACGUCGAGAAGGCUCCCCACGUUAACGAUAGCGCAGCCUACGACGGCAACAGCAACGAGAAGUAUGACAAUGUCAGCGAUGGCGCGGUCCCCGGCGAAAGCUUCGAGUAUGGAAACUCGAUCUAUGCCAGGAUCCAGCGCAUCGCCGGCAAGUUCAAUGUCGAACAGCGGGGCAUUGAGCGCGUGCCCGAGAACGAGCGGACAGAUAACUCGUACUUGAAUAUUGGCAGCAUGUGGUUGGCGGCCAACAUGGUCGUGAGUUCCUUUGCCAUCGGCGUCCUCGGCCAGUCGCUCUUCUACCUGGGAUUCGUGGAUGCCAUGCUUGUGUGUCUGUUCUUCAACCUCCUCGGUGUCUUGACCGUGUGCUUCUUCUCGUGCUUCGGUCCCGCCUUCGGUCUGCGCCAGAUGGUGCUGUCCCGCUUCUGGUUCGGCUGGUACCCCGUGAAGAUCGUCGCCAUUCUCAACGUCCUGGCCUGCGUCGGCUGGUCCGCCGCGAACGCCAUCGUGGGCGCGCAGCUGCUCAACGCGGUCAAUGGCACCGUCCCUGGCUACGCCGGUAUCAUUAUUAUCACCUUCUGCACCCUCCUUAUCACCUUCGCCGGAUACAAGGUCGUGCACAUCUACGAGUACUGGAGCUGGAUUCCGACCUGUAUCGUGUUCUUCAUUGUCCUGGGCACCUUCGCCCACUCGGGUGACUUCGUCAACGUCCCCAUGGGCGUCGGCACCUCCGAGCUGGGAAGCUGCCUGUCCUUCGGCUCGGUCAUCUUCGGCUUCGCCACCGGCUGGACCAGCUAUGCCGCCGACUACACCGUCUACCAGCCGUCGGACCGCAGUCGCCGCAUGGUCUUCGCCGCCACCUGGCUGGGCCUGAUCAUCCCGCUGCUGUUCACGGAAAUGCUGGGUAUCGCGGUCAUGACGGCGGCCUCGGUCAGCGAAGACAACAAGUACGCCUUGGGUUGGUUGGCAUCCGGCAACGGCGGCCUGAUCGCGGCCGUCCUCGAGCCGCUGGGUGGCUUCGGCAAAUUCUGCUUGGUCAUCCUGGCCCUGUCCAUCAUCGCCAACAACUGCCCGAACAUCUACUCCGUCUCGCUGACCCUGCAAGUGCUGAGCCGCUACACGCAGCGCGUGCCGCGCUUCAUCUGGACCUUCCUCGCCUCGUGCGUCUCCCUCGCCAUCGCCAUCCCGGGCUACUCGCACUUCGAGACCGUCCUCGAGAACUUCAUGAACCUCAUCGCCUACUGGCUGGCGAUCUACUCGGGCAUCGCCAUCGCCGACCACUUCAUCUUCAAGCGCGGCUUUGGCGGCUAUCAGCCGGAGAUCUACGACAAGCCCGACAAGCUGCCCAUCGGCAUCGCCGCGUCGAUUGCGUUCUGCUUUGGUGUGGCGGGUAUGGUCACUGGUAUGAGCCAGACGUGGUGGAUUGGGCCGAUUGCGAAGCAUGCGGGCGCGCUUCCGUGGGGUGGCGAUGUCGGCUUUGAGCUGGGCUUCGCUUUCUCCUUCACCAUCUAUUGUCUUUUGCGGCCGUUCGAGAUUCGCUACUUCGGUCGGUAG